CGAAGCCACGAGCCAUGGAAGCAGCAGAGCCGUUAGUCUUGUAUGUUUAGUCCAACUUAUUGGUCAUCAUGCGGACGCAAAGCAGCGACAAGCAAAGGCAAGUUGAUUUCUCAGCGAACCAUCGCGACAGCCUGGAACAGAAAAAGAAGGCUUCAGCAAAGGUGCUCACUACACUUUUUCCAAGGAUUCCAAAAGUAACGACUGUGCUGUUGGAGUUCUUCAUGAAACGCGAGAGCAAAGUGUCCCUCUUCCGCGACCCCCUGUCUCACUUCUGCCAAGAGCAAGUCGUCCUAGCUGCUCAAGACUGCCUGCAGAAGCUCACUCGACAAGUGAUCACCUACCAGGACAUCCGGGACAUGAUUGAGAACCUUAUUGGACUUCAUAAUCUGGAUGCGUAUGUAACAAUGAUGGAGUUUAUCGGCGGCGUCGACCUCAUGCGCGUGGUGACCAAGGCCAACUACAUGCCCAUAGACCAGGUACAGGUCAUCAUGGCCCAGGUCAUCCUAGCCCUUGAACAUCUGCACCUGCGCGGUUUCCUUCACAGGGACGUCAAAGUGUCCAACAUGAUGAUCAUUCCCGGAGGACGAGUGAAGGUCAUUGAUUUCGACACUAACAAGGUGUGCCUCGGACAUUUCUCGAAGCGGAUAGUAAAAGCAUACUUCGCCAGGACAGCUUUCGAGUUCCACGACGGCGAAUCAGCGGGGACUAUCCCGUACAUGGCACCGGAGAUUCUCAAACGGAGGCCUUAUGGUCGUGCGUGCGACUGGUGGUCCACAGGCAUCGUGUUCUACAAGCUGGUGACUGGAAGGGUUCCCUUCAGGGGAAAGACAAAAAAUCUGCUCCGAGAUCGAAUUAUUGGAGCCCCGCUGAAAUGGCCCAGGGUGGAAGAGCACCCUCACUCUGCAACUCCAGAAGCCAAAGACUUUGUAUACAAGCUCCUGCGAAAGAACCCCAUCGAACGCCUCGGCUCUCGGCACUACCAGGACUUGAAAGUGCAUCCCUUCUUCUGCGGGUUCAACUGGAAGAAUUUGAGCACCGCCAAGAUAAUAUGCGAUAUCCCGGCCAUAGCCGAAGUGAUGGGGGCCCCGCCAUGCGUCACGGAAGAGCUGGCCGAGAAACGACGCAAGCAAGCGGCGAAACGUGAAGAACAGGACGAUGGGAAGAAGGAGGAGCAGUUGUCUGCGGGAGCAAGUACCAAUACUAAGAAGAAGAAGCUUCAGAAAAUCGAAGACAUGGUGGACAUGGAACCUGACCUUCAGAAGCCUCUGUACACGUACGCGUCGGCGAGCUUCAAGAAACUAACCGUUACGAUAGAGAGCGAGAACUUGGUUGCCAUGGACGACAACUUCAUGAACAGCACAGAGAACGAGUCCUCCGAGAUCGACUACCGUAAGCCCUCGUCUGGGGACAGCAUCAUGGGUGCAGGGGCUCUGUCAGUUACCGCAGCGACGAGCGAAACACACACCGUGCGCUCCUCCGAAAAGCUUGACGUCAUCCUGUUUCGAAGACGAAGUCUCGGAAAGUUCUGGAGCUUUGGAGUAAACCUGGAGCGCGUCAUGGGAGAAGGCGAGAGGUACUUCUAUAUGGUCGAGAGCGUCAAGCGUGGCAGUCCAGCUCAACGGUCCCAACUUCUUCUGGGCGACGUGGUCGUUGCCGUCAACGGCACGCAAGUCGCCACCCUGGCACUCGGUCAAGUGAAGAGACUGCUCAACUCCUCUGGAGAUCAGCUCAUUAUCACUGUGCUGUCAUCGAGCGCUAUUCGAAUACUUAACACGAGGAGGGACAUCCAUGCCAUCAUAUCUUCGGCAAGAAGUGAGACAAUGACGCUGCUGUCUGUUCGCGGUGCCGUUUGCACGGGAAGCGGCAACGGCUUCGGUUUCAAGACGACUGAGGUGAAGACCUACAACGAACAGCAAAAGAGCCACAUCAGAUAUCACGUUGUGCAGAAAGUUAUCAAGUUGAACGUGACGACUCCAGGCGUUACCAUCUACCCCGGAGACAUUUUGACGCACGUAGAAGACAUUUCCGUAGAGUCUUUCACCCACGCCAUCCUCAAGUCGACCUUAACCAAAGCUAAAGGCGAAGUGAGAAUAACUAUCGCCGCAAUUUCUCCUUUGCGCAAGAAAAGGCCAUCGUACACGAGACUCCACGAGACCGUCAUAACCGACACCAACAUGGACACACCAUCUUCCGCUUUUGUUCGUGAAGGCAGAACCGACUACUGAGGUCCCAGUUGCCGAUUGAAACUUCGCAAUCAUUAUAGAGCGUUAUAUAAUCUCA